CUUCCUUCUUCUUCAACUUGGACUCCUCCAUUCCAUGCAGCGCUGGAUGCCGCUCAAGUGCUAGUAUAUAUGUGCGCCCCGCCCUGAGAAUGUCCCCAGGCAAGUACCAAUUGAGCUCAAACACAGACACCGCAGCGCUUUCUCCUCAUCUUCGCUUCCGCCGCGCCUUCUCCUCAUCUCUGCGCGCAAUCGAACAAUCGGCUCUCCGGCGAAACCAUCUCUGCGAGGAGGCAGCCGUGAGAUGACUCUGGGGCCACUCAACACAGAGCGCAACCACCUCCUAUCCCCGAAGCCGCAGCGCAGCCCCCGAGAUGGCGCCUGCGCGCCGCUGAGGUCGCCGCGAGUCGCCUGCAGGGGCAGCCCGUCGUCCAAGAGCGGCAAGAUGGGGCGCGGCCUCGAGCGCUCGCUCAGCUUCAGGAACUGGGAGGCACAGGCCGCGGACGAGUCGGAGGUCGCGACCCGGUGCGGCGGCAUCAACGGCGCGCGCCCGGGGACCCUCGCGCUGCAGCAGCAGCAGCAGCAGCAGAGCCCCAAGAGUAGCAUUAGCAAGCAGGGCGACGGCGCCGCGGUGUCCCCGGCUCAGCAGGCCCUCCUGGAGUACUUCUCCCCGCGGCCCCGGUGCGAGCUCGACAAGGCGGCGACCCAGGUGCAGAAGAUCUUCAAGGGUCACCGCACCCGGCGGAACCUCGCCGACUGCGCCAUCAUCAUCGAGGAGUUGUGGUGGAAGACGUACGAUUCUGUUUCGCUCAACAUCAAGUCCAUCUCCUUCUUCGACGUGGAGAAGCAAGAGACGGCGGCGUCCCGUUGGUCUAGGGCCGGCAAGAGGAUUGCCAAGGUCGGCAAGGGACUCUGCAAGGACGACAAGGCGCAGAAGCUCGCGCUGCAGCACUGGCUCGAAGCUAUUGACCCGCGCCACCGCUACGGCCACAAUUUGCAUCUGUACUACGACACCUGGUCCGCGAGCUCGAGCACUGAACCCUUCUUCUACUGGUUGGAUAUCGGCGCAGGGAGAGACAUGCAUCACCCGAAAUGUCCAAGAAGCAAACUGUACUCGCAGUUGAUCACGUACCUAGGACCGAACGAGAGGGUGCAAUACGAAGUUAUUGUGGAGGAAGGGAGGCUGCUAUAUAAACAAAAUGGAGACCUUGUGAACACAAAUGAAGAGUCCAAAUGGAUAUUUGUGUUGAGCACGAGUAGAUCACUAUACAUCGGACAGAAGAAGAAGGGUAAAUUCCAGCACUCAAGCUUCCUGUCUGGGGCAGCCACAACUGCUGCUGGAAGAUUGGUUGCCAAGGAAGGUGUUCUGAAGGCAAUAUGGCCAUACAGCGGUCACUACCUCCCAACAGAAGAGAACUUCAGAGAGUUCAUCAGCUUCCUGGAGGAGAACAACGUUGAUCUAGCAAAUGUUAAGCUGUGUUCGGUCGAUGACGAUGAGUACCCAUCAUUCAAGAAGUCGGAACUGCCAGCGGAAGAAGCUGAAGUGCCCACUGAAGCUACACACGAUGAGACCCUGAACAACCAACCGGCUGAACUGCCUGAGGUGGACAUUGUGAAGGAAGUGGCUGACGAGACCGUUGGCGACGACGAGCCGGCAGAACCGGAGAUGAUGGCGAGCCGGCCAUCGUUCAAGUGGUUGACGCCCACCGGCGCACGUAUCGGCUGCCUCCGGGACUACCCGGCUGACCUCCAGAGCAUGGCUCUUGAGCAGGUGAACCUCUCACCCAGAGUGGUGCCGUCCCCGAGCGCAAACAGGCUGCCGAUCCCGUCGCCGCGGCCGAGCCCGAGGAUCAGGCUGUCGCCGAGGCUGCACUACAUGGGGCUGCCGACCCCAACCGGCGUGAAGCUCCCGAUCCCGAUCCCGCCGCCGGGGACCAGGAGGUCUCCCAAACAGCAGUUCGUUGGGUUCCAUACGCCGGCGGUGGCGCUCACGCUCCCCAAGCACAAGGGCAAGUGAUCGAUCUGAUGGCCGGCAUUGUUCAUUGCCAUGGCUUGGCUUGGCUCGCCUCGCCUCGCCCUCGCCUCCCCGUGGUGCUGUCAUCAAAGGUGUGGCAGCGUUGCAAAGUUUUUAGUUGGUUAGAUGGGGGUUAACAAUUUGGUUGUUUGUCGUAAGAUGUUUCGUUGAGUUCUUUGAUCAUCUACCGUUCUUUUUGUAUGAUUUGUUCAUCGUCUUCUUUGACCUGUGGUGCAUACACUGCACAGUGUAGAGUGUAAUAGUUACCAUCUUACGGUCAAAGCUCAAAUUUAAUCCAGUGUGCGAAAGCUGGUGCAGGAGAAUCUGCAAAUUUGUUCUGCAAGCACAAGUACGCCACCUCUUUUGCUGCCAAUGGGAAGCAUGAGUUCUUGUGUCA